CUCUUCUCCUUCUCAAUCUCUCAAAAGAAAGAAACUUUUUAAACCACUGGCCAGCCAUGGAUCCUGGAGGAGAUCCCACCUCCCUACUUUUCACAAAGAUCAGAAGUUUAGAACCAGACUUCGCCUCCAAAAUCAUCGGCUACCUCCUCUUACAAGACUUUAACAACACAGACUUGACCCGUCUCGCUCUUGGACCCGACACUCUCUUACACUCCAUCUGUCUCAAAGCUAAAUCCGCUUUAGGUCUCUCCUCCAACGGAUCCUCUUCCUCUACAUCAACUCCAUUGAACCCUAUCUCCAGACCCAUUAACAUCCACCGUCAUUCCCCGAGAAACCCUUUCUCUUGUUUCCAAGAAAGUUCGUCCCUUUACGCUUCAGACGACGGAGAUGGUAAAGUACCGUCCUUUCCCAACAACAACGACGAAUCUGCGGAUCUCUUUGGGUUCUCUGGUGAGAAUAUUGAUGCCCAUUUGCAUAAGAGGAGUUUCUCUGCGAGUGAUGUUUGUUUCGGUUCUGAGGAGACCGGGUUUGCCAGAGGCGGUGGUUAUAGUCGGUUUACUCACGGUUUAGGUGAUGAGUUUGAUUCUCUUUCUGGUGGGUUUGGCUCUCUUGAUUAUGUUGGUAGACAGCAAGAGGAGAUAGCGGCGAGGAUGAGACUGGUUCAACGGCAGAGAUUGGCUGCUGCUCAGUUCUUGGCGGGUGGUUCUUCUCCAAUGUCGUAUGAUAAAGGCGUUAACUUUCUCUUGCAUUCGCGUAAUGGGUUUAGAUCAGGAGGAGCAGGACAGUUUGGGGAUGAGGGUUACUGGUUCGGUAGUCCAGGGAGACAUGAAAGGGAUGAGUUUAUGGGGAUGGGAGAUAAGUCUAACUCUGUUUCUAAACAGAUUUACUUGACGUUUCCAGCUGAUAGUUCUUUCACAGAUGAAGAUGUCUCCAAUUAUUUUGGCAAUUUUGGAACAGUGCAAGAUGUUAGGAUUCCAUACCAGCAGAAACGGAUGUUUGGGUUUGUCACUUUUGUCAACUCUGAAACUGUGAAGAUCAUAUUGGCCAGAGGAAACCCUCAUUUCAUCUGCGACUCACGUGUGCUUGUGAAACCGUACAAAGAGAAAGGAAGAAUCCUUGAAAAUAGGAGGCAGCAACAGCAACUGCUGCAGCAGAUGGAGAGAGGGCACUUUUCUCCUGGUUCAAGUCCAUCUGGAAUGGAUGCCAGGGAUCUCUUUGAUUGCCACCUCGCACCGAGGAUGUUUUCUAACACACAGGAGAUGAUGAGGAGGAGAAAAGCUGAGGAAGCUGAUUUGCAACAUGCAAUGAUAGAAUUCCAAAGGAGAAGAAUGCUUAAUCUGCAGUUGCCAGACUUGAAUAGCGAGUUGUUUAACCAUCACCAGCGCAGUCUUUCUAUUGGUUCUCCUGUUCAUUUUCCCUCUCGCGGUGUUAAUCAAAGCAUGCUCUUUCGAUCAGAAAACGUCAGUGAAGAAGUCAUAGAAGGUAGUGGUGAUUCAAGACAUUUUCAGUCUGAAGCAGACCAUGCUUUUCUGACUGAUACUUAUCAUAACAACAUCCAAGAAGAUGGUUACAGUAACCAUCUCAACAACGGGCACGAGACAAAUCUAGAGAAUGAUCUGCCUGAGUGCUUCUUUGAUUCCCCAUCAAAGACCGCUGAGAUCCAUCAGCCUAAGUGUGAGACAGAGAACUGUGCUACUCUCUCUGAUACUUUGGAAAACAAGUCAGCCUCAGCAAUUGAAACAGUCUAG